AUGUUAACUACGGUUGUUUGUUUCACGGAAAUUGCGAGAUUGCAAAUAGCAGUGCCAAAUUAUUGGUUAGGAAGAAUGGUGCAAGAUACGAUAGUAAGUGCUGCUCCAGCAAAGCCAACCGCAAUACUUCAGGAAAACGACAGCAAGGUAGAAAAGGACAACAGAAAGAAGAGAGAAGAGGAAGCGGAAAAACUCGAAGUAAAACAAGACGAGGAGAAAAAAGAGGAGAAAAAAAAGGAAAGCAGAAAAAAGGAUGAAAAAACAAGCAAGAAAGAGAAGGAAAAUAAGCAAACGGAAAGGAAGGAAAAAAUAGAACAAUUAGAAGGCAAUAAGGAAGAGGAACAGCAGAGGGACCUGAAUCCGAUUGUGACGCCUGUCUCCGACGAUGAUGAGUUGCCUGCGGAAACACAGAAGAAAGCAAAGGUACUGACACAAAUGGCUGUCAAUAUUACUCAGGAAGAGGAAGAGGAUAAAAAUAUUGAGGGGACACAAAGAAGCGACCUUCAUCAAUCUGUAAUUUGA